UCGGAAAACACUUGAGUAAAUUUACAGCUUUCUCACGCGAGCGUUAUGGCAACUGACGAAGCAACGGAUCAAUCGGACUUGUCUUGCAUAGAGGAGAGUCUCAUGAGUCUAGAGAAAUUGGACAGAGCAUCUCCUGAUUUAUGGCCUGAGCAGACGAGCAAUGAAGUUCCAGGUGUACAUGAGUUUGUUGCUCAAAAUUCACCGCAGACAGAACCAUGUUUUUGGGCUGCGAUGUCGCAGGAUGACAUAAGCCAUGUGCAUCAACUGGGUAAUUUGUCAAUGACCGGGCUUAUCUCGGAAGUGAAAAGACUGCACGAUUUAGCUUAUCAACUGGGUCUAGAAGAGGCUAAGGAAAUGACACGCGGCAAAUAUUUGAAUAUAUUUAAACAUAAAUAAUCAAUUUUAGAUUUGCAAAAAAUAAAACUCGUGAAAAUGUAAUACCACAAUCGGCAUUCUUAAGAAACGUUUCAAGACGUUUUUUAUAUUUUUCUAACUUUAAGAAUUUUCUAAAAUCCACUUUGUAUAUCUCUGUACAUUUACAAAUGCAGAUGGAAAAAUGGUGCUUGAGUCACAACUAGACCCAAAUGAUAGGAUUCCAACCUGAUUAAAAAAUAAAAAAUGAAAAACAUAAAUAUGUGAACUACAUUUGUAGUAUAUGUAAAUAUUUAUGUUGAUAACAUACCAAGAAGUACAUGUCCGCAUAUUUGUAUAACAGAGGACUACCGCUGUAACUUGAGCAAGGUUCACAGUUUCCUUU